AUGUUUCCGAAACUGAGUGUUGCUUUGGCAAUGCUACUGAUGUUUGCCGAUUCGAGUGUGUUCUCGACUGGCUGCCCCUCGGACGGGAGCCAGUGCAGGAACUGUAUCGUGAACCGGUUGAAAACCGAGUGCCCGGGUUGUGCGCCGAUCAUGCAGUGCAUGGCUAAGUGCUUGUGGGCCGGUUCUUCACGUCCAAAAUGCGUGAAGAAAUGUGACUGUAAUAUUGGCGGGUACCCAAGACUGGCCGAUUGCAAGAAGUGUUUGUUUCAGUGUUUUGUAAUUUCUGGGGUUCUGGUCACUAUUUGA